CCCACUGCGUCGCUAUUGGUCGGCUAUCGAGUUGCAAGCGGAGGUAGCGUGACUACUUCAGUCCCAGUUUAUUUCCGGAAGUAACUUGUCACUUCCGCCACUUUACCAAAAAACAAACGUCACGAAGAUUGCCAUUAUUGGCGUGCCCUCACCCAGGAGAUGGCACACUGGUUUCACCGAAACCCUCUGAAGGCGACAGCGCCCGUGUCCUUUAAUUUUUAUGGUGUAGCAGGGAGCCCCGCUGCCAAUAAAAUCUGCAAUGACCUAAGGACAACCAGGGCAAGGCUGCUGGAAAUGUUCACGGAUGUCACCUGUAACGCAGAGAUGAUGAAAAGUGCCACAGAUGCAUACUUCUCCCUCCUGCAAUGCUUCAUUGUAUCCUUGGACGGAACUACACAGGACAACAAGAUGAGAUAUAUUCAGAACUUCAAAUGGACUGAUACUUUACAAGGGAACACACCAAGUGCCCAACAAGAUGCGGUUUUCGAGCUGGUCUCCAUGGCCUUCAACGUCGCGCUCUGGUACACCAAGUUCGCCUCCAGACUUGCCGGAAAAGAAAAUGUCUCAGAGGACGAAGCAAAAGUUGUUCACCGCAGCCUGAAAGUCGCUGCCGGAAUCUUCAAAAAUCUUCGGGAGGCCCACAUCCCUCGUCUCAUCACCCCUGCAGAAAAAGGGAGGGACCUGGAUCCCAGAGUGAUUGACGCCUACAUGAUCCAGUCUCAGGCAGAAGCUCAAGAAGUGACGAUCGCCAGAGCCAUUGAACUGAAGCACAACGCCUCAAUUGUCGCCGCGUUGGCAUCGGAGACGGCAAACUUUUAUCAGAAAGCCGAUCACACUCUGAACACUUUGGAGCCCGAGUACAGCGGCAAGUGGAGGAAGUAUCUCCAGCUCAAGUUCUUCUUCUACAUGGCUUAUGCGUAUUGCUAUCACGGACAGACCCUGCUGGCGAAUGAUAAGUGUGGCGAGGCGAUCCGAUCUCUCCAAGAAGCAGAAAAGGCGUAUUCCCGGGCUGAAGAACUGUGUAAAGACUAUCGUCACACCAAGGGUCCAGGCACCACGGCCAAACCAUCUGAGCAGCUUUUCUUCCUCAAACUUGGUGGCUUCAUUAAGAACACACUGGAUAAGUGCCAGAGAGAAGGACGCUUCAUAUACUUCCACAAGGUCCCAGCUGAACCUCCCCAGCUCGAGUUGAAGGCAAACUAUGGCCUGGUCGAGCCAGUCCCCUUUGAACUGCCGUCCCCCAGUGAGCAGUGUACUCCUGAAGUUUAUGCCACCUUUGACCUGACCAAGGGAGCCAAAAAUGACAAGGCCAAGCUUAAAGAGGAAGAUGUGAAACCAAUGAAGGAACCUGAUUUAAAGCCCCAGAAGGACACAGGCUGCACCAUUUCCUAAAUACAUUUGAGUCAUUCCUCUCAUGAUGCAGUAGCAUCCAGUAUCCACACAAGUUAUCCUCUCUUCUUUUACAUGUAUGCUGGAAUGUUCUGUGUAUUCCGAUGUAACCACCAUCAUUAUGGCCAUUGCCAGUUAUGGUUCUUUUUAGAGCUCAUAGUAAAGACCGAGUGUUUGUGGCAUUUGAUUGAAACUGUGCCCCAUCAUGUAAACCUGUAAAGUGUACUCAGCUCAAACUUUGUCAUUCAGCUUGAGAUAGCUGGGGUUAUUCUUUUUCAAAUUCACUCCCAAGAAAUUUAUGACUAAAGUCAUAUCAUUUUACAUGAAUAUUAAUCCAUAAUGGAUAAACAAAAUAAAUCAGACUGAUGACCUAAUUUAGCUUAUUGUAGGUGAAGCGGUUUCCAAUAAUGUUAGUUCACAAGCGUAGGCAUUUUUUUUUUUAACCUAGUUUGGAUCUGUCAGUUUACUAAUCAAGAAUGAAACAAAAAAAAAAGAUAGCUUAGUCUUUGGAUUUUGCCCCUCAUAAUCAUAGUUCCUUAUUUAUUCAUUUACUGGAUAUUUUAGGGUAUAACUUAAAACCAACAGUAUCAAAUUCAGUGUGACUCCAAAAAUGUUGUCCAACUUAUUUUUUUGUAAUAUUCUUUAUAUGUAACAAUUGCCUUGCAUAAACUGCUGACUUAUGUUUUUACUCUUUUCUUGCUGAGAAAGCGGCGUUAAUAGUUAACACUACGUGUACUGUAUGCUUUUUGGUGAUGCUGCCCUGACACUUGAGUACAAAUGCAAACAGACAAUUAAAGGAAGUGCUCUUACGAUCUGCUUGACAGACAAUUAUCAUAUCCUCCCAGACUCUCCAGUUGGAUUUCAAUCGAAGUGAGCUGAAGCACAACCAGUCAAAAUUAUGUACACGGUUAUAUGGUAUAUUUGUGUUGUAUGCUACUCACAAUAUUUUUGUCUCCAGGCUCGAUGACGACGGUAACAGUGAAAAAAUGGGAAUGCUGGCAAAAUUCUGCAAAACAUGAAUGCAAUGCGAGAAACAAUUGUUGUUCUCUUUGGAACUGACUGAUAGUUGUUUGUAUUUUCAUCAAGACACUUGUUCAUCAGUAGAGGUAGGCAUCACGUGGUUCACGCUCACAACUGAAAAUCAUUGCAAACUACCUGUUGUAAUUUAUGUAAACUGUAUCACAAUCAAUAUUAAAUCACAAUUAUAACUAA